ACUUCUUCCCGUCCCUUUCCUUGCCUGGGUUUCGGGACGCCCUAGUGAAACUCCGCCCCUGGGUACGGGCGAACGAACGAGGAAGAGGCAAAAGGAAAGAGAAAGGCAGGCGAAAGGAAGCGCGAGGGGCAUCGCUUUGUCGUGAGGUGCUUGCCUUCCAUCUGUCGAGUGACCAGGGAGCUUCAGGCACCCGAAAAGAGGAGGCGGUGGCAGGCGGCUGGUUGGCUGAGAAAGGCGCAGGGAACGCUGCCGUCGCAGCCACCACCACCCUUCUCCUCCCCCUUCCUCUCCGACGCCGCGGCCCAGUAGGAGGGACCUAGAGGCAGAGGAACCAGCCAGAGCUCAUUCCCUGGUAGGGGGGAGCGACUUGCCGCCGCAGCCCUACCAUGGCCACCAAGAUGAGCUGAGGCUGAGAGAUCUGUGGCUUCACUGAAGCUAUGGCACAAGCUCGUGUUAUGUAUAACUUUGCUGCUGAACCUGGAAACAAUGAGCUGACAGUUAGUGAAGGAGAAAUCAUCACAAUUACCAAUCCGGAUGUAGGUGGAGGCUGGCUGGAAGGCAAAAACAACCAAGGAGAACGAGGACUAGUUCCCACAGACUAUGUUGAAAUUCUACCUGAAAGUACCAAAGAUGGAAUUUCAGUAGCUGACCAAGCCUUUUUUGACUGUCUCUCUUCAAAUACUGCACAGACUAAUUCACAAGCAGCAAAAAUCAGUAUCCAGGCUACCAGCAAUGCAGUUGACCCCUGGUCAAGCUGGGACAAUACAACAGGUGGUGAUGGCUGGGCAACAAAACCUGAAACCAGGCAGAAAAAUAGCACUUCAAACAACUGGGAUGCAGCAGCAUUUGGUCAUCCACAGGCUUAUCAAGGCCCAGCGGCAGCUGAUGAUGAUGAUUGGGAUGAUGACUGGGAUGAUCCAAAAUCAACGGCUGCACCCUAUCUUGGAUAUAAAGAGGCAGAGCCUUCUGACCCUGCAGGGCUUCAGCGUGGGAAUAGUCGUGGAGCUGCUAUGAAACUACCACUUAACAAAUUUCCUGGAUUUGCAAAACCUGGAGUGGAGCAGUAUCUGUUGGCAAAGCAGCUAGUAAAACCCAAAGAGAAAAUUCCUAUUAUUAUUGGAGAUUAUGGUCCAAUGUGGGUAUAUCCUACCUCUACAUUUGACUGUGUUGUGGCUGAUCCAAAAAAAGGUUCUAAAAUGUAUGGUCUGAAGAGCUACAUUGAAUAUCAGCUUACAUGUACAAACACUAAUCGAUCUGUCAACCACAGAUAUAAACACUUUGACUGGUUAUAUGAGCGUCUGUUGAUUAAGUUUGGAACAGCCAUUCCAAUUCCAUCUCUUCCAGACAAACAAGUGACAGGGCGUUUUGAGGAAGAAUUCAUCAAAAUGCGGAUGGAGAGGCUACAAGCGUGGAUGACCAGGAUGUGUCGUCAUCCGGUUAUUUCAGAAAGUGAAGUUUUUCAGCAGUUCCUUAGCUUCCGUGAUGAAAAGGAAUGGAAAACUGGUAAAAGGAAGGCAGAAAAAGAUGAGAUUGUGGGCGUUAUGGUAUUUUCUACUAUGGAACCAGAAGCUCCUGACUUGGAUAUGAUAGAAAUCGAACAGAAAUGUGAUGCAGUUGGCAGGUUCACUAAAGCCAUGGAUGAUGGCGUUAAGGAGUUGCUGACAGUGGGCCAUGAACACUGGAAACGUUGUACAGGACGUCUUGAUGCUACAGUGGAUACUACAAGCCAGGGCCAAGCAACUGAAUCACCUGUACACCCGCUGAUCAAAGUGAAUGAACUAAUGGCACCAAGAGGACAGGCAUUGCCCAAGGAAUAUCAGAAAAUAGGAAAAGCUUUACAGGGUUUAGCUCUGGUUUUCGGUACCAGUGGCUAUCAAGGAGAAUCUGACCUCAAUGACGCAAUAACAGAAGCAGGAAAAACAUAUGAAGAAAUUGCCAGUCUUGUGGCAGAACAGCCAAAGCAGGAUCUUCAUUUUCUGAUGGAAACCAAUCAUGAAUACAAAGGAUUUCUUGGUUGCUUCCCGGAUAUCAUAGGUGCUCACAAGGGAGCAAUAGAAAAAGUGAAAGAAAGUGAUAAACUAGUUGCUACCAGCAAAAUUACCCCACAGGAUAAACAAAACAUGCUGAAGCGUGUAAGCACCAUGUCAUUUGCACUACAAGCUGAGAUGAAUCACUUUCACAGUAACCGGAUUUAUGAUUACAAUAGUGUGAUGCGCUUAUACCUGGAGCAACAAGCACAGUUCUAUGAAACGAUUGCACAAAAGCUGAGGCAGGCUCUCAGUCGCUUUCCAGUCAUGUAGAGACCAGAUACAGAAGAACUCCAAAGUGCUUUUUUGAUUUUUGGUGGGGCAGUGCAAAUAAAAUUAAAAUAUAGUCUUUGCCAUCCAAAAAGCCUUUUAAAAAAAUGCAAAAAAUUGAAAACUUCAGAUGUUUACUUUAACCUAAAUGCCUUGGAUAUUUAUGUAUAUUUUUAUUCUGUGUGAUUUCUGUUCCUGUCCACUCUUUGUAAAACUGGAAAAUGCUGUAUGUUAUGGAUGGGUAACUUGUGACCCUACAAAUGAGUUUGGGCCACAGCUUCCAUCAUUGUUUACCAUUGGCAUGGGAGUUGGAGUUUAGCUACAUCUGGAGAGCUACAGGUUUCCCCUCUCUGCUCUAAGAUACAGCUUUAAAUUGCCAAAUUGUUUGUUGCUGGGCGUUACAAAAAUAUAUAGUCCUAAACUCUACAAAAUUGUAGGGUAUCAGCUGAUAAGAUACUAUUUUUUAAAAAUUCAUUUAUCCUUAUAGCUGAAGUGCUUUGUAGCAUCUAAUUUUUUUUAGAAUGUGCUAUUGAAAGCAAAAGCUUAUUACCCCUCUGCUGCAGGCAAUGGCAGACAAAAUCUGAAAUAAAACUGCUGACAUUCUCCCCCUGAUAAUCUUUUAAUAUUCUGUUCUUGUACCACAGAUGCCUCAAAACAUGAAGGCUAAAUUAUUAUUUUCUUCUUGACUGUAUGAAAAAAGAACUGAACCUAUUAAGACCACCAUUCUAAAUAUCUGGAAGAUAUUGUUUCAUCCAAUAAUUCUGAGCCAUGCACUUGUGUUACCACCCAGUGAUAGUCAGGGCUUUGUGUUUGGGGUCUUUUUCCAUGGUCCUUAACAAGCACACAGUGUCAGUAAUGGCUCAUGUCCCAUCGCUACUGCUGUGACUGAAAAUGUCACAAGUUCAUUGCCAUACUGGAUGCUUAUGCAGUAGCAUGAUGCUAUCUUUUUGAUCCACUUUUAAAACAAUACUGUAAUGGCCAAAAUUCUUAAUUGUUGUCCUCUGGAAAACAGACUGUUAUUCAAGUGUGUCAAAUACAAUGUGGGCUUAUAAAACAGCUACUUCAAAAUGCAACUAUGCUUGAAAUGUUAGGUUCAGACCACUGGUGUCAAGCAUCUUUUUCAUACACACAGUGGGCGCUAAAGCCCUGAACUGAAGGUAGGCAUAUUGCCACAAAUCAAUUGCUGUGGCACAUGCAACUUCGUCUUCACUGCAGAAACAGACAAUUUAUUCUUUCACCCACCAAUCUAUUCUCAGAGAAGAGUACUUUCUAUGUGUUCUGUUGACUUGAAUGCCAUUGUCAUUUGUGUGUGUUAGAGUAAUAGACUAUCUGUUUGCCACAGUAAUAUGAUACUCCACCACCACCAACCCCCCCAAAAAUCCCAGAAUGUAAACCUUGCUCAAAUGCUUUCUAUUGCCAGGUAUUUAAUUAUUUUUCUACACAUUUGUUUCUUUCUUAAUUUAGUCUUCCAUAAUUCCAUAAAGUGUUAUGAUACAGCCAUUUAAAUGUGUACAAAUUGUAAAGAAUGUGUAUACAUGUUUUACACCAAAUGUAAUGCAUCUUGCAUGCAGAAGCAAUUUAUGAAGUAAGGCACUUUUUCACAGCACCACUUUUUCAGCCUUUGUAUAUUCACUUUUUGUGUCAAUCUUUGUUACUGGUUCACUGAGGAUUUCUCUUUACGCAACCUUGAGUUCAUUCUGAUGACAGAAGUUGAAGACUUAUUAUCUUUAACAGGCAAACUGGGAAUAGAAGAACAGAAGAGAGUUUCAGUAGUGGAAAAGCAAUGUCCAUAGCAAGACCCUCUGGAACAGGCAGAUCAGCAACUUCCUAGCAAAUUAAGUCUUUAAAUUGAUAAUAAAUAUUUAUACAUAUAAAA